UCAAUGGUCUAUUUGAUUUUUCAAAAAAUAACAAAGAAAAACUGUAAAUAUAAUUAUGUUGAAUCAAUCCAAUAAAUUAAACUUAAAAAACGAAUAUUUAAAUUUUAUUGUUCCUUUAUAGUAUAGUAUUUUGUCCUAUUUUUAGAAAAAUGGAUAAAGAGGUUAAAGUUGAGAAACAGGAAAGUGCUUUUGAUGACAGUUGGAUUGGAGCUGCACGUAGUGAUACAGCUACUCAGCAGAUCAAGAUCGAGAAGCAGGAGGAUGAAUUUGGAGAAUGUGAAUUAGCAACUAGCAACGUCAAAGAUGAGUCAUCCUCGCACAAUGGUUCAACUUCCAAUCAGAUGGCGAGAGUUAAGCAGGAGAAUGAUAGCAGCCAAGAACCAGCGCCAGAGUGCAGCACUGCAUGCUCUCCAACUGAUGAUGAUUUCAGCCAACAACAUUAUCUAAUCCCUGGCUAUAAUCUAAUAUUCAUCAAAGAGGAAGAAUAUGUUGAGCAAGAGGCAGAAGGAUGUUCAGUGGAGAGUGAACCGGAGAUGUGGCCUUCAAACUGCAGCACAACUGAAACUGCCAAUGCAACAGAAGUGGGUGGACUGAAUGCACAUUCAAUCUCUCCCAUGGAAGAGUGCACUGAGCCAUCUGUGGCUGGCAAAAAGAUCAAGCUUUACAGCUGUGCUGACUGCAGCUAUGAAACUACACGGAUAACUCAUUUGAAGAGACAUAUGAGAAAUCACACUGGGGAAAAGCCUCUCAGUAGUGAGUAUUGUGACUAUAAAUUUACUCAAUCUGGUACUUUGAAGGAACAUAUCAGAACACAUACAGGAGAAAGACCUUUCAGCUGCGAGUAUUGUCGCUAUAAAUGUGCUCGAUCAAGUAAUUUGAAGGAACAUAUCAGAACACAUACAGGAGAAACACCUUUCAGCUGCAAGUAUUGUGGCUAUAAAUGUGCUCGAUCAAGAGAUUUGAAAUCACAUACCAGAACUCAUACAGGAGAAAGACCUUUUAGCUGCGAGUAUUGUGACUAUAAAUGUGCUCUAUCAAGUACUUUGAUAAAACAUGUCAGAACACAUACAGGAGAAAGACCUUUCAGUUGUGAGCUAUGUGACUAUAAAUGUGCUCAAUCUGGUACUUUGAAGGAACAUAUCAGAACACAUACAGGAGAAACACCUUUCAGCUGCAAGUAUUGUGGCUAUAAAUGUGCUCGAUCAAGUGAUUUGAAAAAACAUGUCAGAACACAUCAUAAAGGAGAAACAACUACUAGCUGAAAAUUUGUGACUUUACGUGUGCUCAUUCAUAUUCAUUUUACUGUGUUUCCUAGUAAGGUGAUCACUAAUAACAGGACAAGUGUAUUGAACAUGUGUGUACACACAAAUGUCGUCCAUAUUGUCGUGUCAUCACAGCUAAAGGCUUCAAACAAGAUUUUUUGAGGUUCUGAGUAAGUAUCGGCUCACAACUCCCCACUCCUCUAUUUAAAUUGCCAGGGUUGCCCUGGACUGGCGUCUGUGGAGGGGCGGAGUGGGGGUGCUGCUCACAGUGUGGUGUGUGCCGGCGAGUGAUUGGGGACGGCUGGGCUCCUCGCGGUGUUGGGUGUCCUCCACAUACACAACGGUUGUCAUCUCACAACACUGAAAUUCUCUCCUUUCUGAGAGGUGAUAGGCCAUGCUUUGGCACUACCUGGAGGGAGGGGAGUCGCUAGGAGUGGUGGGAGAGUAGUGGCAGUCAUCACCGUCGUUGUAGUGUAUGGCAACAGGUCAAAACUUGUCAGAAAUGGUCUCCUAGUGUCUUCCAGACGAGCCUUUGUCACUGACUCCGGUCUGCCUCCAGAUCAAGUGGUGUUCGGUUCGUCCUCUUAGUGACACCUACCGGCCACCAAAGGUCACCUGACCUGUUUUUUUUUUAGAUAAAUGAAAACUUAACCUGCAAAAACCUAACCUCAACAAAUUUUGCUGUGAUGACACAACAAUCUAUGACAAUAUGUGUAUCAUGCAUGUCUCACCGUUAGUGGCCAGCCUUAUGAAAUCAACCUCGCACUUUCCAUUACCUGCUCACAUUUAUUAAAACUAUUUUAGGUAAACCUUGUCUCUUUAUCCAACUAAAUUUUUAUUCAAAAAGGUUAAAGUGUUAACAGUCCGUCAAUUAUAUAUUAGAAACCUCAUAAUUUUCAUUAGAUAUAAUAAAGAUAUUUUUCUAUUCCGUGAAUCAAACCUCAAUUCACGACCUUUCAGAAUUAGGUUUAAAAAUAUAAGAAUGGAUCUUAAUGUUUGCCGGAUACAAUACUUCUACCCAGCUAAUAAAUUAAUCAAUAAAAUUCCAGAUAACCUUACAGAGCAUAUUAAUCGAAAUUCUGUCACAUUGCUUAAAAAAAGAACUAUUGAAUGGAUAAUCACCAGUGAAAUCGAGGACAUACUUUUUGAGUGGCUCUUAUCUUUGUUUCAAUAAUAUGUUUGCCAUCUCUCAUUCUUUCUCUUCUCCUCCUUUCUCUCUUUUUUUCACCCUUAUUCCACAUACUCAUCAUCUUCUUUUAUUAAAUAUUAUAAUUAUCAUAUAAUUUCUUAUCCUAUACUAUU